AUGGCAACAGAGGAGGAACCGGACUCCUUAAAGAUUUUCUGGGACCACUUCUUCAAAGCUGAGACUGGCACCUAUGAGAAAACGACGUGGUUGGACUUGUUCCUGGCGGAGUUCCUGAUCAGGCUCCAAGAUGGCUUGGAACCCAAGGAGCUCAUCAACUUCUGCCCGGUGAAAAUGCGGCGUGUUGAUGACGCUGGGAGACCUGGGCUGCGCAGCUCCUGUGCGCAUUUCUUACAUCAACGAAGUUCGCGUCACCUCUUGGUGAACGCCCGCGCGUACGCGGCGCCCCUCGCGCCGCGUCAGCUCCUCGGCCCCUACGCGGCCCCGCGCCGCUGCAGGCCCCGCGGCCGCUGGCGCUCGGACACGCUGCAGAGGACCACGAAGGUUGCGGUAACUCCUUGGUUG